CACAGCCACCAUCAUGCCACAAAUUAUAUUUUAAAAAUAUGCAUUUUACACAACAAAAAGCAACCGACAAAAAAUCAUAGUCAUGGCAUACUUACCGAAAACUUAGAUACAUUCCCGGCUUUACAGUUACCACCGAAAUGUCAGUGUUAAGGUUAUUGAAAUUAUUUCCAUCAAGAUGUGUGAUGAGCAAACCAUCAGCUCUCACCCAAGAAGUCCCUUUGAAACAAUAUCAACGUUGUUUCGCUGACACUCCUAAAAGAGAUCCUACAAAUCAAGUUAUGGUUCAUGGAACAGAAGACGAAGCUCGCGUGAGGGUGAGGCGCGCGCGACCAGCUGAUUCCCCGAAGGUUAUUCGCUUCAUGAGAGAAAACGCGCGCCUCGCGUGGCCGGGGCUCGUUAGCUCUUCGAACACGCCAAAUAAAAUUAUCCUCUCUGACUACGUUGCUAGAAUAUUAGCUCAAGGUCAUACCUUGCUAGCUGAACAACAAGUGGAAAAGCGCGGCUGGUCGCAGAUCCGUGGUCUGGCGCUGAGCACGUCUGUGUGUCCGUGGGACGCCAUGGUUUUGGAGAAGUGGGCGAACUGCAUGCAAUGUACUAGCACGCGGAAGUUGAUGCUUUUCACAGCGCACUGCUUACGGGCGCCAUCUCUGCAUGAUAAAUACAAAGUUCAUAACAUUUUACAGGUAAUUUUACUGGUACCACCUGGAACUCCAAAGUGCUCGGAAGUCAUUCAGAUGCUCGCCCGGAACUCGAUCAAGCGCGGCCGAGAAAUAGGAUCUCCACUGAUGCGCUUCGACGUGACCGAGGAUUCAGUAGCAAAAGCACUAAAUGGUCUGCAAUUGAAAAAGGAAUAUGAAUUCAAUUACGAAGUUUUGCCGAACGUCAUCAAAAUAUACUCAACCGAUAUCAACAAGGGAGGUGAAAACGCACAUCACAACGGAAAAAUAAUAACAGUGUACACUUCAUUCCCCGUAGCGGAUGGAGAAAUUAUAAAAUAACUUAGGUAUUUAGAGAUUUCCCAGUGGUUUAUGUAACUCAGUCAAGUGUUAAAUUGUAUUUUCAAUGUCGCCAAAAUCCGAAUGUGCAAUCCAAUCUCACUUUAGAACGGAAAUGAUUCGUUAAAGUAUAAAAGAAUCUAAAGCAAUUUAGACAAAAAAAACGUGAAUAAAUGAUCGACAAUAGCAUGCAAGAGCUAAGAAGCAAUCUCGCUGGGAAACCUGGAACAUUGGCUUGACUUGGCAACGGAUAUUGUGAAAGAUUAAACGCCCGCAAUCGACAGUUAUAUAAAACACAAGAUUGGAAACAUUGUGUGGAGUUUGUAAAGGCUGCACUGCGGACGGACGGAACAGUUUUUUAA